AUGAUUCAUCGAUGUACAGGUCAUCAAGGAUAUAGAGUCGCAAUUGCUUUAGCUUUUAAGCGUGGAGUUUACAUUAUUGGAGGAGCAAGAUUAUUUAAGGACAUUGCUUUCAAGCGUUGUUUCUGCAGAACCAGAAGUCGCCUAUUGUUGGGCCAACAGAUGGGGGAACUGCCAAGUUUCAGAGGUGAGCCCAAUACACCCCCCUUUAGCAGAGUUGCAUUAGAUUUCUUUGGCCCUAUCAAAAUAAAGUUAACUCUUAAUGCAAGCACUGAAGGAAGUAUAAUGAUCAUAACUUGCACCGUCACUCGUGUCAUAUCUCUUGAACUGGUCGACUCAUUGUCUUCAGAUGCUUUUCUCUGUGCUUGGAGAAGAUUUACUUGUAAUUAUGGAGUCCAUCCAGUUUUGCCAGUAAGUGACAGAGGACGCAAUUUCAUAGGGGCUCAAGAGAAAUUGCAAAAGUGGAUAAAUUCUUGGAACGAGAGCCUAAUAAAGGACAAGUUUGCAAUUGCUGGGACAAAAUUUGAGUGGAAAUUUAACACACCUCACGCUUCUCAUAUGAAUGAUGUUGUUGAAUCAUUGAUCAGAAGCUGUAGAAGAGGUUUAGAUGCAGUAACAGAUUAUCACCACAAGAAAUUCAGUGCUUUGGAAUGGCAAACAAUACUGUCAGAGGUGACGUACCUUGUUAAUUCACGACCACUUUUCCCAAACGGACCAGAUCCUCUUGAGUCCCCAACUAUAACCGGUAAUGACUUACUGUUUCCUCACGGGCAACCUUCAGUUCUACAACCAUAUACCGGUAACGAAGUGAACUUGAGAAGCAUGGUAGAGGUAGCUCAACAGAGAAUUCAGAUAUUUUGGGAGACUUGGAUUCGUUAUAUGCCUCCUCAGCUAGUACAAAGGUCGAAAUGGUUUCAUCCCAAACAGAAUCUUCAAGUUGGUGAUUUGGUUCUUCUCCUGGAACCAGGCCUAAAAGGAGGUGUCGCUCCUAGGGGACUGUGGAGGCGCGGUCUUGUUGAGAGGAUUCAUCCCGGAAAAGAUGGGCUUGUUCGAAGAGUUACUGUUCGAACAGUGGCGAAUGGAAAGGUGGUUCACUGGGAGAGACCCAUUCAUAAACUUUGCUUAAUUGUUACGGUACAAGAGCUUCAACAUGGAUUCCAAGCUAAGGCAAAUAAAGAUGCUCAAAAUUAA